GUUCAGAUUAAUUGGUGGUAAAUCAGCUGUCCUGGUUUUGUUCUAUUACUCUGCAUUUUUUUAAACCGAACAUGCAGGCAAACCCUACACAAGCAAGAUAGCCUCACCCUGGCUAGGCAAACACACCUCUGGACAAAUCAAAGGUACACUUCUCAUUCUGUCAAAUGGUCACCUUUCAGUGCAAUGUAGAUUCAGGACCUGCAAGCAGAAGGCUGUGUGUGUCACGCUGUGUCUGGUGCACCUGAUUACGGCUCUGGUUUGACCUCAUGCUGGUGUAUAAACUCCAGAGCAAUGUGGGAAAUCAUACUGGAAGCGGCUCUGCAUCACCAAAUUCUGCUCUGAACCAAACUCACGUUUGACUCAGAGGCAGACAGACACAUUGCUGACAAAAAUCAACUUCACAGAAGACAGGGAAUUUCACCUUUAAGGGCUUGCUAGAGAACCCCGCGGCACAAAUGGGCCUCCAGAACACCAAGCACUCCAAAGUCAAGCAAGCUAAUAUACUGAUGUUAGGACUUGAUUCUGCAGGAAAAUCUACACUGUUGUACAAGUUCAAGUAUAAUGAUGUUUUUCUAACAAUUCCAACAAUUGGCUUUAAUGUUGAUAUGAUUGAAACCGAGAGAAAUUUUACAUUGACAUUUUGGGAUGUUGGAGGACAACAGAAAAUGAGACAGGUCUGGUGCAAUUUCCUGGAAAACACAGAUGGACUUCUGUACGUUGUGGACAGCUCUGAUAAGCAACGUCUGGAAGAAUCAAAGAAAGAAUUUGAACUCAUUUUAAAGAAUGAAUUUAUGAAAAGCAUACCAGUUGUCAUGCUAGCAAACAAGCAGGAUCUGCCUGGAGCUUUGAACGCUGAGGAAAUAACCAGGAAAUUCAACAUGAAGAAGUACUGCAGUGACAGAAAUUGGUAUGUACAACCCUGUUGUGCCAUCACAGGAGAAGGUUUAUCAGAAGCUCUCCAAAGGCUAACCAUGUUUUCAAAACACUACAGCAGAUCAAAGGAGACUUUUACAAUCUCUAAGGAAGUUUAAACUCUUCAAGAAUUUCUAUCAUCGCAUUCUCAUGAACAUUAAUGAAUACAUUUUGUUGGACUAAAUCUGAAAAUACUGGAUUCUGGAGAACUCUUAUCAGUAAAUAUCUAUAAAGAACCUUGACAAUAAUUGAUGAUACUGUUACACCUGCACAUGCUUCUGAGAUGCCACUCUGCAGUGUUUCAUUGGUGACGGUAUACUUGGGGUUAUUCUGCUCAGAAAUGUGGCUGUUGGAUGAUCAAAGAGGUGAAGUUGAGCUUCCGAAUUUUAGCAGGUGGAAACAAAAUAGGUGAGCAGUGCUUCAAAUGUUUAAAUCGAGUCAUUUUGUCAAGAUAUAAAAUAGUGAAGUCGUUCAUUCAGCAAGAAAAGCGAGGGAUAAAAUGUUUGUUUUGUAAUAAAUGCUCCAUGGAUGUAUUUCUCAUGUAAAAAUAUAGUCAGUUUAGAGCUUAAACUCUUAGUUAUAUACAGGAGAUCCUAUGAAUCUGAAAUACCUGUUGGAUGUUAUUGCAUUCUGGAACCAGUUACUCCAAACAGAUUUUAACAAACAGGAUCUUCACUUCAUCAAGUCACUGACAAAACAAAGAUCUGGUGCUGUUUGUAAGGUGUAGGUCUGAUGUCCCUUCAUUACAGACUUCCAGGUACCGAUCUCUUUGCUUCUGUGCUGUUGGAUUGCUACCCGUAGCCAAGAGCAGGAUGGUGGAAGCCAGCACAGGAUUGGUCCAGCAAAGCGCUCAUCCCCGUUGUCUGUGUGGGGAAUAAAGUGGGGAGGAAUGGGGAUGUUGGCUCCUUGUCAAUUUUAUAGAUCAUGAUGGAUCCUGUCCUGCCUGUACUGAAUCCAACUGAAAUUUUGUUACUCAUAAAUUUAGGUUUAAUUAAACUUGAGAUAAAACUGGCACCAAAUUGCUGAUCCUCUUACUAUAGUUUGUAGAAAAAAAAUUCCAAAUGAAAUUUCUGUUUAGAUUUCCUGAUCGAUGGAGUGAAUUAGUAUUCCAAUUCAUUCAUAAGGUCCAUUAAGCAUCGAAGGAUUCAUAAUUACAAGACUAAUUGAACUGUAUCAACCAUGAGAACACUUUAAACACUAAGGCUGAAAUGUUAACAGGGCCUGCUCUUUUAAAAGCAAGAGUAAAGAGACCAUCUAAUUAUUGGUUAUACAGUCCCAGAAAAUCCAGCCCAAUUAUUUCUGCCUCCUUGGGCAGUGUCUGCAGACAUAGCAUGCUCCGGUGGUUAGGAUGCUUGCUUAGAUAGUCAUAUUAUUUUUUUUUCCCUACAUCUACCACAAUCUUUGACCAUGGGCAAGUCAUUUGAUCACUCUGUGCCUCAACAGUCCCUUAACAAAAUUUCCCCCCCCAGUUAUGUGCUCUGAAAAAAGUUGUAGCAAAGGUCAGCUUGUGAG